AUGGGCCUAUUAAGUAGUGUACUGCUGUUUGGGAUUCCGGAAUCUGUCAUGCAUAAUAGUGAUACAUCAAGGGAAGGACUUUGCAUGAGAAAUGAGAACGAGGGGGAGUUCUUGUGCACCCUCAUAGCAGGUAUCAAGUGCAAAAAUGUCUGGGUCUGGAAGAAUUCACGUUUGUCAUGCUUGUCUGGCAUGACUCUUAAAUCUGUCAUGCACGUUACCCAAGAGCUCCGUUUU